AUGGAACAAAAUUCACAAGAAAAGGUGAUGAAUGUCUUUGAGCAUAAACAGAAAGAUAAUUAUCCACUCACAAAUUAGAUAUCUUAAGAUUAUGAAGAUGACACUCACAUAUAUCGCAUUAUCAGAUUGGGCAAGGAAUCCGUGAAGCUCAUGCAAGAUUAUAAGUGGGAAUGUAAUUUUUCAGUAUUUAUUUUCUAGAAAGACUUCUCAAAGAGAGAGAAUGGAGAAAGCUGAAAGUGUAGUAGAGUCGAGGAUGGUUGCACUAUGCAAUUUUUGAGAAGGAACCAUACGUUUUGCUAUUCAAGAGGAAAAUUACAAAAAACAAACGAUGA